GCUUCCAGUAAUACACUCUUCAUUCAUAAAUCAUCAUGACAAUUGAUAAACACAUUUAUUUAUUAUUAAAAUACUUGAUUAUUUAAAUUUUAUAAAUUAUAUAUUAUGGAGAACACAGUUGAAGCAACUGAUGAACCAAUUUUACCUGCAAAAUUAGCAAAAAUUGAAGAACCAGUUACAAAAAUAGAACCAAGUAAAAAAUCACAUGGUUCAAAUGUUGUUCUUGUCAGUAAAAAACAAAGAGGUAAUCCAGUAUUAAAAUUUGUUAAAAAUGUCACUGUGGAAUAUGAUGAUGUUGUUCCAGACUAUGUCUUUAGUCCUAAAGUAUGUGCAAUGUAUUUGUCAUUAAAAUAUCACCAGCUACAUCCUGAUUACAUUCAUGAACGUUUGAAAUUAUUAAAAAAUGCUUAUCAACUCAGAGUACUUCUUGUUAUGGUUGAUGUUCAAGAUCCAGAUCACAGCUUAAAACUCUUGACAAGAAUUUGUAUUCUUGCUGAUUUAACACUUAUGCUUGCAUGGAGUCCAGAAGAUGCUGCUAGAAUCAUUGAAACAUAUAAAAUAUAUGAAAAUAAACCACCUGAUUUAAUCAUGGAACGUACUGACACAAAUCCACAACAAAAAUUGAUUAAUGCUUUGACAUCAGUUAGAUCAGUCAAUAAAACUGAUGCAAUGACACUUUUAACGACAUUUGGUACAUUAGAAGGAAUUUUAAAAGCAACACCAACUAGUCUUUCACUUUGUCCUGGUUUUGGUAGUCAAAAAGCUCAAAGGCUUCACAAAGUUUUGCAUGAUACAUUUUUACGUGAUUCAUCAACAAAAUAAUUUAUUUUAAUUUAUUAUUAAUUUAAUCUUUAGAUUUUUUCUUAAUUUACAAUUGAGCUAUUUUUUUCUUUUAUUUAUAAAUUAUAAUAAUGCAAAUAAACUAAAUAUUUUUUUUACAUUUAAUUAGGAUUUUUGAAUGUACAUUUUUGUUGGCUCCAAAAUCGCCAUAUUUAAUUAUUAGUACAUAUGAAAAAAAAUCAUCUAGAUGGCUUGUUAUCUAACCUCGAAAAAUUGCGAAAAAUACUGUCAAAUAAUAAAAAAACAAAACGAAUUUUCCAUGCCGGUUGGGUGCUUCUGUUAAUAAUAAAAAAAAUGGAAAA